UUUAUCAGAUAUUAUUCUUUGAAAGUUUAAUGUUCUUUUGACGUAUUAAAUAUGUUUAAAAAAAACUAGAAGUACAUUGUACGAAGCAAUCUUCCUGGACAAGUCCGAAACCAGCUGGUUGGAACAUUUUCUGAUUUAAGUUAUAGAAAUCGUGAAGAGGAGGCAAUGGUAGAAAAAACAGCCAGAAUUUUACUUUGUGUUGCGUUUGCACUGACUUGGUCUUACACCAUCUGCAAAACAUGGCAGGGACCAACUGUAGAGAGACCGCUUCGAGUUGGAGCUUUCAACAUUCAAAAUCUUGGUAAUAGCAAGAUGUCUAACAAAACUGUUAUGGACAUUGUUAAUAAGGUGUUACUAAGAUAUGAUCUGGUGCUGGUUCAGGAGAUUGUCACUUUAGAUGAGACGAUGAUGGAAGAUGUUUUAAAAAACCUAAACAAAUUGAAUAAAGUGAAGGGUUCUAAAUACGUAAUGACGAUAAGCGAAAGACUUGGUAGAGGAAAUGCAAAAGAGCAAUAUGCUUAUAUCUAUAGAAAUGAUAAAUUCAAACUGCUAGGGGCACAUUCUUAUCCAGAUAGGGAAGAUGAUUUUAUGAGGCCGCCAUACAUUGCUCAUUUUUCAACACCCACCCUAAGACACAUAUCUUCUAUGAUUGCUAUCGGAAUUCACACUCAACCCAAAAAUGCCGCCAAUGAAACAAGUUCGCUCGCACAAGUCUACGACUAUGCUGCAAAAAAAUUUAAAGAAAAGAAUGCUAUUCUUAUGGGUGAUAUGAAUGCCGGUUGUGCCAAUGUCAGAAUAUCAGACUGGAACUUGAUUGAUCUUUGGAGAAGAGAGGAAUUCACUUGGCUAAUUACUCAUGAUAUCGAUACCACACAAUCCCUUAACUGCUGUCCAUAUGAUCGAAUCAUAACCGCAGGAGAUGAUAUGUUGGACGCUGUUGUUGACUUCUCAGCCCAAGCCUACAAAUUCCGCGAUGAACUAGGAAUAUCUUCUGAAUUGGGUUUAGCUGUUUCUGACCACUGGCCUGUAGAAGUGUUGCUAAAGGGAGGCACUUCUCAGCAGGCAAAGGUUAAUUUGAAACCCAGUCUGUGCCUGACUUUGGAGGAUAUUCGCCAAAGAACUUUUCCAGCACAGUUGAGGUCACAGAAAACGUCUUUUGGCUUCACGAUAGAAACGACGGAAACUUCAUCAGAGUUAUACGCUUCUUCCGAAGAGGGCGACUCGUUACUGCAAAAUCUCCAAAAAUUACAAGCCAAAUAUCCUCAACUAAUAUCGUCGGAAAUAUUGGAUACUCUUUUUUACAAAGUGGAACAUGGAGCUUUAAGCGAUCCUUCUGCCAACGACGAUUUAGAGAAAGAUACAUACACCAUUUUGAUAGAAUUCAGUUUUUCCGACGAAACAACUACCCUUCACUAUUGUACUGCCACAACCAUCAAUUAAAAGUAAUUUAAAAAUAAAAGAUAAAUAAAGUUUGUGAUUUCUGAAACUA